CUCCCCUCCUUAUGUGUGUGAACAAAGAGCAGGAAUGUGGUCGGAGCCGAGUGGGAUCGAACACAGCCAAGUGCGACUGUGACGCCUGCCAAGCGGGCACGUCUGGCACCACGUCAGAGCCGUCUUUUAGCGGUUUGAAAAGAGAGUCGGAGUCAUUAGUCAUUCUAAAAAGCCAAGGCCAGCGGACGUCUUAAUACACUGAAAGUGGAGGCCGGACGUCAGCCUCGGGAGAAAGCAAAGGAGUGUUGGAUGCCCAUCAAGGAACAACAAGUCAUCAACUUGGUGCACAAGCGAGACACCUAUUCUAAGAAUAUGAAGAUGAAAAGUAUUAACUCUAAAGCCCAACAGGGAGAUCGCGGACCCCAGUUUGAGAACCACUGCAUUAACCCACAACUGGGCGGUGUUUUAGUUCCCUCCCCGUCAUCCAAUCAACGAGCUGCACGGGAUCCGGGGCUGCACGUGCACGCCGUCGACCAGCAGUCAGCGCCGUCCUGCUCCAGAAGAGGACCAGCUGCCCCUCUUCCUCCUCCUACUCCUUCCUCCUCCUCAAGGAUCAUCAUCAUCACCACCAGUCAGAGUUCACCCAUGUAAAGUCUGCGCAUCCCCGUCUGGAUAAGUGAGCCCCCCCCCCCGACCCCUUCCCCUCUCCGUUCUCCACGCGUGGAGCGCCGAGUCACGACAAGGCAGCAUUGACUUGAAAAGUGAAGAUGAUGAUGGUCCAGCGCCACUUGCUCUUCCUCCUCUCCAGUCUGGGAGCGAGCAUCUUUGGAGUUGAAGGGACAAAAAGCAAACCCAGAGGUGGCCAAGGUCAGUUCCCCAUCACUCAGAACGUGACAGCGUUGGAGGGCUCCGCCGCCAACAUGACCUGCCGGGUGGACUUCAACGACAACACCUCCCUCCAGUGGUCCAACCCUGCUCAGCAGACGCUCUACUUCGGGGACAAGAAAGCUCUUCGGGACAACCGCAUCGAGCUGGUGCGAGCGUCGUGGCAGGAGCUCACAAUCCGGAUCAGCGACGUCAGCCUGGCUGACGAGGGCCAGUACACGUGCUCGCUCUUCACCAUGCCCGUCAAGAUCACCAAGGCCUUCCUCACCGUCUUAGGAGUACCAGAACGGCCCGAGAUAACAGGCUUCACCAGCCCGGCUCUGGAAGGCGAGGUCAUCACCCUGACGUGCACCACGUCGGGCAGCAAGCCGGCCGCCCACAUCCGGUGGUUCCGGAACGACAAGGAGGUCCAAGGCACGGCGGAGGUGAGCGCCUCGGGCAAGUCGUUCACGGUGACGAGCAGCCUGCACUUCCAGGUGGACCGAGGCGACGACGGAGUGGCCUACACCUGCAUGGUGGAGCACGUAUCCCUGCCCAACCCUUACAUGACCACCGAAGUCCUGGAGGUCCACUAUGCUCCCCAUCUGGAAAUCACGCAUUCGCUCAUCCCGCAGGAGGGCCAGUACUUCAAACUGGAGUGUGUUUCCAGAGGAAACCCCAUACCGGAGCCAAUCCUGUGGUCCAAAGACGGCGGCGAGCUUCCCGACGUGGAGCGCAUGAUCGUGGAGGGCCGGGAGCUCACCAUCACCACGCUGAACAAAACCGACAACGGCACGUACCGCUGCGAGGCCAGCAACCACCUGGGGACCAGCAGCGCCGAGUAUAAUCUCUUUGUAUAUGACCCCAACGCCAUCGGACAGCACGGGCCGGACCACGCUCUGAUUGGCGGCGUGGUAGCCGUGGUGGUCUUCAUUACCUUGUGUUUGAUCAUCGUCAUCGGGCGCUACCUGGCCAGACAUAAAGGCACAUAUCUUACACACGAGGCCAAAGGAUCUGAGGACGCCCCCGAUGCCGACACGGCCAUCAUCAACGCUGAAGGGAACCACGUGCAUGCGGAGGAGAAGAAGGAGUACUUCAUUUAGGCUGCUUUUUUCACUUUUUGACAACAGACAUGCAAUUUGAAGCUGCCUCAGUGUUCUUUUUUUUAAAAUUAUUUUACAUUUGAUUUCAACAUCAUUCGCGGACAAUGACUGUCUCGCCACCUUCUUCUUCACACCUUCUCGUAAUAUAACGUUAACACACGUGAAAGCUGUUGUUGUUUUUUUUUUUUUUUUACGUUCACCAAGUUUGUUAGCAUUCGAGGGGAAUUUUUUAGGAUUAGGGUAGCCCUAAUCCUAACCCCUAUUUAGCGAGAUCCCAAAGUUGACCCCGAAACGCAAAAGGUAGAAAGAAGCACAAUCUUCAGUCGAUCAAAGCCACAUCCUCUCAGCUACCUUCUCUCUCUCUUUUUUUUUCUUUUUUUUUUUUUUUUAAUUCCCCAGGACGGCAUUUAAAAAGCACAAAUUUGUGAGGGCUCAAAAGUGAGGAAACCCAACACCAACUGUGUAUUGUCUCAGGAUUCGUGUCGGGAUCAGAGAGGACAGAGU